CCAUUCGCUCGAUUCCGGGGUUGUUUUCUCACACGAGUUCGUAGAUUUUGCAGCAGCUACAUUUAUCUGAUAGCAGAAACCGAGUGAUUAAACUCAUAAGUUUUGUUUGCAAACGUGAUUUUGAUUACUUCAUAUCUAAUAAUGCGCAUACUUCGCACAGGGCCGAGUUUCGCGCUGUUGCUAUGGUGAACCGAUGACGCCUCGCCACCGGAACAAUCAGUGCGCGUGUUGUUCGUUUGCUAACGUAACUAAUUCACUUGAUUUAACGUUAUUAGGUUUCUGCCCCAAAAGGGUUGUACUAUUUAGUCGAAAUAGUCUUUUAUUGACCGUGGCUGGUGCAUGUAUUUGACUUUGCACGCCGGAUAUACACGAGCUUAAUGGUGUUGGAUGGGAGUUCGUAUUUACUGCAACAUUAUUAACAACAAUGGCUUUUUAUGACGUGUACACCCACCCCGCUUUAAUAAGAUACAGAACACGCGUUUGCACGAGAGCAACGCUGUUUGUCUGUGUGGUUUUAUGCCUCACGUAUAUUUCGCCUUUUCUGGUGGCUUACAGAAGUCAAGGCUUCUGGCUGAAGAGGAGCACAUAUGAAGAGCAAGCGGUCAUUCAGUUCCAGUAUGACAUGAUUGUGAUCGGAGCCACAGACACAGCAGGGAGUUAUCUAGCCUGGAGCACGUUUUCCAACUUUAAUCGACUGAUGGGAGAUCAGUUACGCAUCCCAAAUGUGUCUGUUCAGGAGGAGGACAGAGACCAGGAUGGGAAAUCUGACCUUCUCACGCUCCAAAUCAGCAUCCCACUCAAGCCAGAAGAGCAGAUGUUCGGGAUUCAGCUCCUCCUUACCUUCUCAUACCAGCUGUUUCGAAUGUCUACGGUUGUGAUGCAGACGCUUGCCUUUGUGCAGCAUUCCUCGCCUGUCCCAGGAUCUCAGCUGUUCGUCUGUGGAGACCUGAAGCUAAACCAGCGCACCCCUCUUCCUCACCGAGGUCUCCAUAGUAUCUACAAUGUUUCACUGAUCGAUGCAUCCAGUCCGUUUGCGAGUACAUAUGACCUGGCCAACAUCAUUAGACUCUACCAGCAGAGAAACUUGACUGCUCACCUCUCGGGUGUCAUUCCCGUGUGGACGGUGGGCAGAGCUGCGAAUUCUCCCUUCCAGAUCAGCGCUCAGAUCAACUAUCCGGUGGAGACUAUUACUUAUCUGCCAGGCUUCUGGGAAACGAUCAAGUUUGCCUGGAUUCAGUAUGUCAGCGUCCUGCUCAUCUUUCUUUGGGUUUUCCAGCACAUUCAAACAUUCGUCUUUCAAAACCAGGUUUUACCAACCACCACAGUAUUACCGUUUAAACAGCACAGCUCCUGAAAGUUUUUGUGCACCUUCAUUUGUUGUUGAGGACUAGAGUUUGCUAAUGUUUGUUUCUAUAUACAUAGUUAUCUUUGUUCAGUUCAAGUGCAUUCAUAAGGAAUUCCCACCAGGAUUCUUGUGGAGUCACUGGUUUUUCUGGUUUUAAAGGACUUUGAGUUCUGCCGUAUGCGUCGCAAAGUAUUAUUUGCUUUGUUUAAAGACUAAUAGAAGAAAUAUUUCAAGCCAAAACCUCAAACAAAGCAUGCGGUAAACUCUGAUUGUAUAAAAUGACGUUAAAGACCGCAUGCUGAUGUUUUCAAAUCCACAAGAAUGAAAAGUCCUUGAGGUGACAUUUUUUAUG